UUUUCUAAUCAGUUUUACUCAUUUCUUUUAAUCUGAAGUUUCAAAAUAUCUUAAGUGUAUAAAAUUUGAAAUGAAAUAAGGGUUUAAUUAAUUUGUAGUACACUUAAAUUUAAGUACUUCGAAGGACCUUUAGUGUCUAUUGGCUGUGACAGCAGUUCAUUUUUAUUCUAAAAUGAAGACUGUAACACUGUUCGUAAUUGUCUGCUCGAUAUCAGUCUCAUUAUGCCUUUCUGUCGACCCGCUUGAUGAACAUUUUGGAAAAGUGGUCUUUGCCAACAUUCUUUUUAGACAUGGGGAGAGAAAUCCAAUUAAAACAUAUCCUAAUGACCCGUAUAAAAAUUUCUGGUCUGAUAAUGACUUGGCUCAGCUGACAAACGAUGGUAAACUCCAUCAUUAUAAAUUGGGCAAGUGGUUUCGCCAAAGGUACAACCACCUGUUCCCCAAAGAUGGCUACAACCACAAUACUGUCUACAUUAGAAGCACUGACGUCGACAGAACGCUCAUGAGCGCUCAGGCCAAUGCUGCCGGGAUGUUUCCUCUUGAACGAAAAGACCAUUGGUCUGAUGUCAACUGGCAGCCGAUCCCAAUUCACACUACUCCUCAAAAGGAGGAUAAAGUACUGGCAAUGAAAGCACCAUGUAGCAAAUUUAAUGCUUUGAUUAAUAAAUUUAAGAAUUCAGAGUAUAUAAAGGAGCUUAACAGGAAAUACGACUUCUUUUUGCAAUAUUUGCGUCACAAUACUGGUGAUAAUGUGACCCUUUAUACUAUAGAAUAUGUUUACAGCACUUUGAUUGUUGAGAACCGAACCAACUUGGAACUGCCAAAAUGGACAAAAUCUGUCUUCCCGGAUAUUUUAGAAAAAUUCACUGGGCUCAGUUUUGCGUUUACCACUCACACGACAGAAAUGAAACGGUUGAAAGGAGGACCGCUUUUGAAAGAUAUGCUAGAGUCGUUUCAAUCAAAACUGAACGCGCAACAACAUUUUCCGAGAAAUAUUACCGUGUACUCAGCACAUGACACAACGGUAGCUUUUCUACUCAACACACUCGGGGUUUAUGAUUUUGUUCCACCACCCUUCGCUGCAGCCGUUUUGGUCGAAUUGAGACAAAACAAAAACAAUGAAAAAUUUGUUACUGUUCUAUAUAAAAAUUCAACUGUUGAAGCAGAACCACAUUUGUUGACUGUCCCCGGUUGUACAAAAGCCUGCCCAUUAGAUAAAUUUAUUUAUCUUUUGAAACCUGUUAUACCUACCAACUGGGAUGAGGAGUGUAAGGAGUCAAUUGAUUAAUAUUUCUACAAAAUAUAUUUUUUGCAAUGUUUUGAUAAGAAGAAAUUAAAAGCAGACGAUUACAGCUAGGGUCACUGAAAGAAAAGCUAAAAAACGCAAAACAAAUAAAAUAUAUAACAAUAUACAAACUUAUUCAGUUAUGU